UACUGGCCUUGUUGAUAACCAUUUCGUUGGAUCCGCCUGGCUGCUUCAAGUACAGACAUUAUACAAAAGAUAGGUGUUAUGGUCAGAGUGUAGACAAUUUAUUCUGAAGUUGUAUAACUAUAAUAAGCAUGAUGGCAGCUGAAGAACGACCAAGUACUAGUAGACUAAAGAACAGGAAACCAGUUUUGAUGAAUAAAUUGGAGGGCUGCGGAGGGAAGGUGAACAGUGCUGUGAUUAUUCCCAAAGAAGAUGGUGUUAUUAGUGUGAGCGAAGAUAGGACGGUGCGGGUAUGGCUUAAGAGGGAUUCAGGAAUGUACUGGCCCAGCAUCUGCCACUCACUUCCAAGUCCUGCAACAUGCAUGGAAUUCAGUAGCGAGACAAGACGCAUCUUCAUUGGAUUAGAGAGUGGUGUCAUUUCAGAAUUCUCCCUCUCUGAAGAUUACAACAGACUUCUCUUUAGACGAGACUAUUCAGCUCAUUCCAGUCUUGUAGCAGGCAUCAUAUUCUCCGUCAUAGCAGAGUUUGUACUCAGCGUGGGAAGAGAUAAAUAUUUCCAGUGGCAUUGCAGUGAGUCUGGAAGGAGACUAGGUGGUUUCAGACUCGAUGCGUGGGGAACAGCUGUGCAAUUUGACGAGGAAUCCAAACAUGCCUUCAUUGCAGACUAUUCUGGUCAAAUCACGGUGUUAAAGGUCGAUGAUAACGAUCAUCAGGUCAUCACAACGUUAAGGGGACAUUCAGGAAGCAUCAGAUGCCUGCAUUGGGAUGGAGGGAGGAAGCUUUUGUUUUCAGGGAGCUUUGAUCAGUCUAUCAUAGCAUGGGACAUUGGAGGACGUAAAGGAACCGCAUAUGAACUACAGGGACAUCUAGGCAAGGUGGAUGCAGUGAGCUACUGUGGACGCAGCAAACAUCUCUUCUCAGGUGGGGAUGAUGGCAGGGUUGUCGUCUGGGAUAUGGAUGAUCGCAGGAUAGAGACCCCAGAUUGGCAAGAGAGUGAUGUCUGUCAAAAGUGUGGUGAUCCUUUCUUCUGGAAUUUCAAGGAAAUGUGGGAAAAGAAAACCAUUGGUGUGAGACAGCAUCACUGUAGGAAGUGUGGUAAAGCGUUGUGUGAUGAAUGCUGCUCCAAAAGAACGAGGCUUCCUACUCUAGGCUUUGAGUUUGAAGUCAGGAUUUGUGAUGCGUGCCUCGAAGAUAUCACAGAUGACGACCGAGUCCCUAUGGCAACGUUUCAUGACGCCAAACAUAACAUCAUUUCUAUGCACAUUGACGUUGUUAAAGGUCAGAUGGUGACCUGCGGAACAGAUAAAGUAAUUAAGCUAUGGGACAUUUCAUCGAUUAUAUUCUGAGAAUUCAUAUUACAGUGAAGGAUCAGAGAUGUUUAUAUCAACAGCGCCCUCUGCUGGUCAAUGAAGGAUAAUCUCAUGACGACUUGUACAAUAUGAUUGUACAUACAUAGUGGUUGAUAUAUGCACAUGUGCUUACAAGAGUAUACAGUUUGAUAAUGUAAAUAAUGUGGACAAUUUCCUGAAGUUUAUUUGAAUAUAUGGGAAAAGAAAUAGUGAGGUGCACAGGAAGCUUUUGUUAAUUUUUCAAGACGCAAAUCAGUAUCAGAAAGCUUUUUUUUUUUUAGAGUGUUAUUGCUUUUGGCAGAUUACCUGGAAAUGAGUCUUAUUUGCAUUGUUUGGAUUUUAGUAUUAAACACAAAAAUCAAAAGUUGUGUGAACCUUUUGCUAACAAAGAAUGAUGUGAGGAAUUUAAAGAUUUUGAACCUUUUGUUGUGAGACCAAAUAUGUUUAAUUUUUUUAACUUAAAGCUAAUCUUGAGCUCUGGUAUGGGAAUCGUAUGUUAAGAACAUGGCUACAAUUCAUUCUGGAUUAUUUAUCCUGCAGUAGAUUGGAUGUUUGAACUAGUAAAAUAAAAACAAACUCACAAAAACUUGCCAUCUUUCUAGAACCACAGCAAUCACAUACAUUUUUAUUAUCAUUAUCUGAAUGCCAUGACUACAACUUAACUAUACUUCUGUUUUAAAGUCCUACUCCAAAAUUUCUAUUCCCCCUUCCAACAAAGUAUCAAAUGUGUUAGUCAUUACAUGUAAUGCUCUUAAAGGUACCAUAGUCAUUGCUCUUCAAAUUGUCUUAAAGCUUAUAAAUAUGUCUGCUUAAUUCUUUUGUCUUUCUCUUAUUGAAUGUAUCUUUCAUUAGUACAAACAAACCAAAUUAAUUCAACUAGGGAAAAUGAAAUGUCUAAGUUGAAUAUUUAUUUAGAUAAGAAAAGAAUGAAUUCCUGUGCUGAUAUUGACUCGAAAAGAGAAACAUCUCAUAAAUACAUCAAAAAAUAUUUCAUCUCAGAACAAUUUGUUUGUUAAAUACUAGAGAGUAGUUUGUGAAAGGUAGAAAUGACACAUUUCCAAGAUAACCUUGUAAGUGCACUGAACUAUUAAAUGCUCUUGCCUAUGUAAUUUUUCUGGUACUAUUUGUUCCAAUGCAGACGCUACAUAUGAAAGUUCAAAGGUCAUUUUUCAAAAGAAUGUCCUGAGAUUCAAAGAAUGUUUUUCAUCUCUGAAUGAAUUCCUGUAAUAAUCGAAUUUGAAUUAUGUGCAGACAAUCUAGAAAUGAAAUAAUGUAUGAAGUACACUGUACAUGUAUAUCAGCUACAACGUAUUGUCUUUUCUAUUUUUUUGUUAUAAAUGUGUAAAGAUAUUAUCAGAGGCACCACUAGCUUUCUACAUGAUUUGUUAGGAAAUAGAAAAUGAUAAUUCUUCAUGAUACUUAAUUCAUUAGUCAAUUUAUAGAUGAUCUGAAAUUAUCCGCUUAUUUUCAAUUUCUCUGUUUGUAAUUUUAAAGUCAAUUUUCUUUGAUCUUCGUUGCAUUAAUUUUUAUGUUAAACAUGAAAUGGAUGAAGCUAGUAUAUUUUGUAGGUAAUUUGACACCAUUUGACAACUUUGUUUAAUUGUGCACUGGUUGAUACAGCAAUGGUGACGGUCUAUGCAGAUAUUUAUAUCUGUAAAGCGCUUUGAGAGGGCCUUCGGUCCUGAAAAGCGCUAUAUAAGAACUAGCUAUUAUUAUUAUUAAAGGGUAUGCAUGAUGCAUAUACAUGGAUGAUGUAAUAACCUCAAGGUCACUUCACUCUAAAUAAUUUCUCAUUAUACAUUUCAAAAUCCAAAUCUAACAAGAAGAACUUGAAUUCAAGCUACCAUUUUAUAUUAUUUUAGUGUCAAUAUAUAUUUCUGGUAUCGGUAUAAUUUGUCUACUUUCUGCAACCUACAUGUAUAUAACAUAUCUAAAAUAUCAAGAGGAACUUUUUAAAUUCCAUGCAACCAACAAAACCCUUGUGAAAACAAGGUAAAGGAUGAAAAUAGGCAGAACUCUUGCAAUUCCCAUGCGUUAGUAAUUGGUAAUUCAGGCAGUCUUUGUUGCUGAGAUUUGUCUGUUAAGUGGAAUGAUAAUUUCAUGAGUGUUCAGC